AUGUAUAAUGAAGCUGAAACGUUUGUUGAGGCACGUUAUAUUUCGCCCCCUGAAGCAUGUUGGAGGCUGGCUGGAAAUGAAAUCCAAAGGAAAAGCCAUUCGGUGCAACGUUUGGACAUCCAUCUAGAAGGUCAGUACCGUGUGGGAAACAUGGAACAGACACAAGAAGAUGUAGCAGACACUGGCCUGAAAGGGUCCACCUUAGAGGCGUACUUUAAACACAACUCUAAACUUCACAUUGAAGAAGAGAAUGGGAAUGAAGUAAACUACUACUUCUACUGGCAGAUGCCAGAAAAGUACAAAUGGUUAGGCAAAACAAGUGAAAGGGUGGUACGACAGCGAAGCUCAAAAACUAUUGGAAGGAUCCACAUCGUGAACUUGGUAGCCCAACCGGAACUUUAUCACUUAAGAAUGCUCCUCUUUCACACCAAAGAUGCCAAAAGUUUUGAAGACCUUAAAUUUGUAAAUGGGACUGCCUAUUCCACUUACAAACAAGCAUGCCUAGCAAAAGGCCUAACAUAUGAUGACCGGCAAUGGAUUGAUGGUCUGCGGGAAUCCGCUUUAUCAAAGAUGCCGAGUGUCAUGAGGACACUCUUUUGUCAAAUCUUAAUUCUCGGAUCACCAGAAAACCCUAAACGUCUCUGGGAUAUGUUUAAGAACGAGUUGGCAGAAGAUUUUCUUAGAGAAGCAGAGAUUUCUUGA